GGCGACUGAGGAAGGAGAUGUAGUCGGCCCAUUCUUGUAGGGCGUUGUCGAACAGCGACAACGCUCGUUCAACGCUUGAUGCAUAGCGGCGGUAACUCUUGUCUUUUUUGAGGGAUCCUGCUUUGCCAAAAAAAAAUCAUCAGACACGAGUUUCCUCAAAGGCAAAGCUUUGGGGGAGAUACAGACCUCCCUUUCCUUGUAGCCGCGUGCGCGUCAGGGAGCUUUCGGAGCUUGCGGGGGAGUCCGACCUCGGAAAAGCACUUGGAUCAAGGCUCAUGGUGCCAAUGAGGGAGGGUGAAAUACUGUAAAAGCUCCAGGGCGCACACCGUCAUAUUUAGGACAUUGAGAACAACCCUAGUGGAAGGGGAAGGUUGAAUGUUUGACUAGGGUCGAAAGGGCCACGCAGGCGGCCACAUUGAUGUUUUGUCCGCCUUGUGAUCUUCGCCGAGUCUCCGAUCGACCGACUCUGGGAGAGUUUCUACGAUAAUUAACAUGCAGAACUUAUGAUUUAUCCCCCGCACCCAGCGACUGCGUCCAGAGGCGCACGCCCAUUGCGGGGAUGAUUACACUACCACCAGAGUCUCAGAGCGUCAACUGCGAUGAACCUACCGACGAGGCCUCGACAACUUCAUCAGCUCCCAGCCCUUCCCAAGCCGAGUCUCAAGAUCGAAGCCCCAGCCCAGAGGGGCCGCGACCGCCUUUACCCCCACGACCGAACACACUAAGCCUAUUAAACGAUGAGACGGCGUCGCGGAAUGCGAAUCUGCAAGCAGAGGCAACAACGGCUGUUUCUAGAGCGGAGAUUGGUACCCUGACACCUGAAGCCGGUGGCAGUGCCUAUUCAACGCUGGCAGUGCGCGGUCUCUCUGGAGGGCUAAAGGCAAGAGCUAGCCUUAGCCACUUGGCGAGUCCGAAAGGUAGCGAGGCGGGCGAUUCGGCCAGCAUUCGGAGCUCGAUCCAAACAAGUGACGCGGGCGACGUCGAAGCCCUUUUCAAGGACUUCGUGGCCACAGCACCCGGUGGUCAUCCGGAUGGCGCAAGCUUACUUCAUUUUCCCGAGUUUCCCGCCGAUGAUGUCGAUGACGAUGACUUUAUGAGCGAGUUUGAGCCAGUGGGUGAACUGAAUGAAGAUGCUGGCAACGAAGACAUGCUUCUUCAGCGGUGGAAGAGCAAGCAUAAACACUAUAUGAUUCUUUCUGCCGCUGGUAAGCCAAUUUGGACACGGCACGGCGACGGAGGAUUGAUCUCAACCUACGUCGGAGUUGUCCAGACCAUCAUAUCGUUCUAUGAAGAAUCCGGCGAUCAACUUCGGAGCUUUACGGCCGGUGAUACCAAGUUUAUCAUUGUGACGCGAGGGCCGCUGCAUCUUGUCGCUAUCAGCCGCAUGAUGGAGAGUGAUAAUCAGCUUCGACUCCAGCUAGAAGCUUUGUACAUGCAAAUUCUAUCUACGUUGACACUUCCGUCUCUCACUCACUUGUUUUCUGUCCGGCCGUCCACCGAUUUGAAACGGCCAUUGCAGGGAUCAGAAACGCUUUUGUCCUCGUUAGCAGACAGCUUCACCCGUGGAUCACCAUCUACACUCUUGUCUGCCCUGGAGUGUCUUAAGCUACGCAAAGUACAUCGUCAGUCUAUCAACAAUGCGCUUUUAAAGACGAAAGUUAGCAACCUGCUCUACGGACUGGUUGUUGCUGGUGGGCGGCUUGUAAGUGUUGUGCGGCCGAAGAAACAUUCUCUUCACCCAGGUGAUCUGCAACUUCUCUUCAAUAUGAUAUUUGAGGCCGAUGGCAUCAAAGCAGGAGGCGGCGAAAGCUGGAUCCCGGUUUGUCUACCUGGCUUCAACAGCAGCGGCUACCUAUACAUGUAUGUCAGCUUCCUCAACCUUCGAGGCAAUGUGGACGACAAUGAGGGCAUUUCGAAGGACGAGUCGGUUGCUAUAGUUCUUAUUAGCCCUGACAAGGAAAGCUUCUUCGAGAUGCAAGGAAUGCGCGACUCACUCGUGGAGCAAAUGGAGAAGAAUGGCAGUCUGAAGAUGAUCGGUGCGGCAAUUGAUCAGGGUCGCCCAGCUACUACCGACAUUGUCCCGGGAACAGUACUACACCAUUUCAUAUACAAGUCACGAGCGAACGUCCAAUUUACCAUGUCAUCCUAUUUUCCUGAAUUCACUUCAAUUUCUCGCAGGCGAAGGUUAAUGUCUGUAUACAACAACAUUCACUCCAGUAUCCAUGCCAAGAAUAGUCAUGUCAAGGUGCACCACUGUGUAUCACGAUCCGCGAGCUCAUUUGCAUGGGUGACCCCGAUUUUCGAGCUAUACUGUGUCGCUGAGCCCAAUGCCAAUCGAAAUGCAUUAGUGCAGAGCGCCAGUAAAAUUGCCCAGUGGGUACAGCAAGAGGAGGAAAGGCUAUUCAUCAUUGGGGGUGCCGUCUUUUAAGCCUCGAACUCCCAAGCCUUGCUAGGCUGGAAUGAGUCCGAUGAAGAGCGCUUUGUACAUACACUAGGGGUUCUAAAACUUGACCACUAUGCGCAAAACUUCACAUGUUGGACAGGCCCUUUGGAGAGCAUUUUCGUGGCGUUUAUGGGACCCAACCCGAACCCGGACCGUCAAAUGCUUCAUUUCGCUAGCCUCUAGCUUUAUUAGAUUGUGAGGUGCUGUACAUAAUACUUCUAGCUUCUCGUAACCAUGCCUGUUGCUAAGACUAUCAUUGAAUUCGUGUGCUGUUCUGUAUGUCUAGUCUCGCUGCUGCUACCCCUCUUGGUUUCAUCUGUUCAACGAGAAUGCCGCAAAGAACAUAGUAUAGGCGCUCGUGGCCGAGCACAUCAAGCUGAGAAGCUCGGUGGCUCCGUCGCCGACACCUCAUUCCUCAAUCAAUAGAGUCAUCCCGAAGGUUGAAGAGUUGACGCAUCACUUCGCCCGACUUGCUACGCAAAGCAUCGUGGUACAUGGUGUUGGUGACAAACUGCUUCGUGCCCUUGAUUUUGGCCGCAGUAUUGGAAGCCAGGUCGAAAUGCACGUACAUGUCGUCGAUGUAAGUAGCAGCAUAGACAGGAAUCUCGUUCUUGGCCAGUUGGGCCUCGUCAUAGAGGGCUGGCCAAUCGCUGGUGUCAGCGAGAAUAUCGGCAACCUGUUGGAUCUGUCUGAGUUCCGUGUACGACUCGAACAUGUCUUUGAAGACCUAUAUAUGAGAUGGGUUAGUUGUGGCUCCAUGUCAUGACGGCUACGCGAUAAC